GAUAACAAAUGUUUUCUAUUAACUCAACUACAUUUAUCAUCUUCGCACUUCUCGUCGAUGCUGCUCGUCCCGUAUUCCUUGCCACUAGCAUGGACACCUCAUCAACUACAGGACUACCUUAUUUCGACGAAGCCACUCAAAAGAGGUUUCACGAAAAUGGAUUUCAUGGUGAAAUAGAGGGAUUCGCAGCUAAACAUGAGCGGGAAUGUGGCACUGUCUUAUUAGAUUAUGGAAGCUACAAAGAUGGAAGAAUGUUUGACGAAGUGCUGAAAAUGUUCAAGGAAACCUUGAACGACAACAGCACUCUAGAUCGAGAUUUACGUGCCAAGGUUUAUACGACCUUAAGGCAACAAGCAUUGAAACCGCAUAUUCAAGAGAUGCGCGAGUUAUUCGAGAACUAUAGGAGUACUACGCCGCAUUACAACUCGGAGCAAUUAGAGUUUUUCCCCGUGAUCGGAGUCAUUGCCUUUGGAGUAGGAAUUGGAUUAGGAAAAUUCGUGUAUGAUAGUGUGUCAAGCCUAUUGCACCGAUUUACAGAGGAGGAACAGCAACAAAGUAAAAUAGCAGAAAAUCUUCUAGCGAUUAGAACAAAGUUGCACAAUUUGGCAGAGAUAUUGGAAUUGCAGACUAGCAUAAAUCGGUUCAACUUCGUGUUCUCCCAUGUCAGAACCCAGCUCAAUUUGGCUGUGGAGAGUGCUCUCACAGAACUAUUCGAUCGUGGCAGUGUCUCGAACCGACUUAUCAAACAUCGCGGUGAAAACAACCUACUGUCCGCCAUCGCAAAGCUUAUGGGUGAAAAACGUUUCAACGCGUCAAUGUUAAAGAAGAGAUACUUUGCUGCUGGCCAAAGCUUGAAAGCCACUGUACUUUCUAUGAACAAGCACGUAAUGGUAGUAAAGAUCUGCUACCCAACUACAAGAGAAGAAGAUCUGGGAUAUUUGAUGCGCGUGGUAGCCUUAGGAAAGUUUAGCGAAGAUGGUGCAGUGUAUGCGACUCAUGAAUUGAGCACAUAUUAUAUUGUGCCAUUGUCGAUGAAGGUCAGCAAUGUUAGUAUGCUGGCAGAAGUGGGAGAUAUCGAUGCUGAUUGCACCGGAAUAUCGUCGACACUCCUUUGUAAGACAAGACUACAAAGUGAGUCAUGCGCUUUAGACCGUAACAAACGACAUGGCUGUGCUGUAUCAAAACGUAACUCUAGCGAUGAAAUGUUUACACAUGUGGAGCCACUGUUGAGGACCACAGUGAUAGCUACCCGAAGGAAGAGGAUGCUGUAUAAGAAAACGGAUGAAAGCAAAUGGAUUGAAGUUGCAGUCCUUCAACCUGUCACUGUUGUGGAGAUACCAAACGGGGCGCUACUUCAAUUAGGGCCGAUAGAGGUGACGGCACGAGUUGCAACAGGGAACAUGACUUUAGAACUGAACAUUAUACUACCGUCAUCAAACUCUUCGUUAGAGCCAUAUAUUGAAAGCUAUGACGGCUACAUCUCCAAGCCUCAUGGCUACAAGGAAUACUAUGCAUGGAAUUUUUGCAUUGAUCGAUUUUUUGGCUGUUUGAUGUUUGGACUAUUGUCUUUGAUUAUAUUCAAUCAACAACGUCAGUUGAGAUCGCUCAGGCGAUGGACACGAAGUGUCGAAUCGCUCAGAAAAGCUCGAAGGGAGCCUAUCGAAAUUGUUCCCAUUUAAUCUCGAUCGCAUAAUGAAUAAAGAUGC